AUGUUCAAAAGGGCUCUUUUACUACGGGACAAGAUCAUACCUAUACUAUCGCGGAGAUUUUUUUCCGCUCCUCACUUGUCUAGUAAACCAAAUGACGGAAAUUUUGAAUUUGACUUUCUUUUGGAAGAAAAUCGGUCGAGUAAGGAUAUUGUUAAGAAAUAUAUAUCCCCUGAACAAGUCAAGAAGCUUGAUGAGUCGGAAAAGUUUGUUGAUAGAUCUCCCUUUAGAAACCCGGAUGGUUCUUUUAUUAAGGGGCAAAAUGCAGCUGAGGCUAGGUUAGACGAGAGUACGCUUGCUGGACGAGCCGAUCAUUCAAUUACAGUUUUGCCAAAUCGAAUAGCAAAGACUAUUCAAAACAAUAUUUUGAUUUCAACUGUUCCGUCGAAAUUGAGAGAAAAAGUUGUUGAUAUUUAUAAAAACUUGCAAAAGAGCCAUAUGGAACAAAUCCCACUGACUAGUUUGGAGUGUAAUGCACAUAUUGCAGCCUUGUUUCUACAAGAUUAUAGUCAUAUGAGACAAGUCAUAAUGGAGUUGCAAAAGAGAGUUGGGGAAUCAAAUUUCAAGCCGCAGCGAGUUUUGGAUAUAGGUUUUGGUCCAGCUACGGGGAUGGUUGCGUUGAAUGAAGUAAUGGGUGACGAAUGGGUUCCAAAGGAGAAAAGCGCAUAUAUUGUGGGGAGAAAAAAUAAUGAGAUGAAAAAGAGAGCUAAGAUUUUGUUGUCGAGACAGUUGAACGAAAACUUUCUGGAUGGUGAGACUUUAGAGGAGAGCACUGAGAAGGAGGAGGACUCUAAAUCUCGCCAGGAGCUGGCUGUGGAAGAAGGGGACUCGUUUGUUGGUUUAAUAGAUUCCAAAAGGAUAAACAUAAGAACAAAGUUGAGAGAUACUAUACCUGUGACCAAAAAGUACGAUCUUAUAAUGGUGCAUCACUCUUUACUAUUCAAGGAGUAUAAUUUCCAAAAAGAUAUUGAUGCCAAUUUGAGGAUGGUGUUGAGAUUGCUUGCUCCUGGUGGACAUUUAAUAUUAGUUGAGCGAGGUAACGCCGUUGGGUUUGAAACAAUUGCAAGGGCAAGACAAUUCAUGAUUCGUCCAGAAAGAUUUCCUCUAGAAUUGGGUAAAAUUCCACGUCCUUAUAUCAAAGGAUCUUUUGGUAAACCACAACGUUUAAAGAAAGAAAAUGCCAUCAUUAGCGACGAGGAUAUUGAAUUUGAAAAAGAAAUGUUGGCGAAAUUGGAUGCUGAAGAGGCCCAAGAAUUGGGUAAAGAAUUGGAAAAUGAACUAGAUGAGAAAUUUGGCAAGAUAAAUGAAGAAGAACUCAAGUUUGAAGAAGAAAAUGAUGAGUCAAAUUUUGUAGCUUUUGAUAAUAACACGCCCGUUGAGGAGAUGUUGUACGAUAAAGUUGAUUACCACAUAAGUAUCCUAGCACCAUGUCCGCACCAUAGGAAAUGCCCCUUACAAUUAGGAGAUCCCAAAUAUUACAAAAUUCCAUCUCACAAACAUAGGCUUAAAUUCUGCUCUUUUUCGAAAAUUGUGGAAAGACCAGAGUAUACAAGAGAAUUGAAAAAGGGUAAGAAGUUGGCAGUUAAAUGGGAAAAAAGCGCCCUUGAUGGUAUUGGUACAUUAUCUCGUGCAGAAUUACAAAAAUUGGGUGGAAGUGGUAGACCAGGAGGCAAGAAUACAGAAGACGGUUCUUACUCGUAUCUCAUUGCUCAAAGGAGCCUUAACGAUGUUGAAAGCAUCUCCAGGAUUGAAAAUCUUCGAGAAUAUAGUAAUGACGAUAAUUCACCAAUUAAUCAAAAUGAUAUUAAUAAUUGGCCCAGGAUUAUAUCCCAACCAGACAAGUUAAAAAAAAAUGUUAGUUUAACGGUUUGCACUGGUGAAGGAAAUCACGAAAAAUGGCAAAUUCCAAAAUCAUUUGGAAAACAGGCAUAUCAUGAUGCUAGAAAAGCUCAAUUGGGUGAUUUAUGGGCAUUAGGUAGAAAGACUGCUAUUAAGAAGCAAUCAUUAAGCAAAGAAGCUAAGUCCAACUUGGAUACCUUAUACAAGACUCAAAAAAAGACGUUUGUAAAAGAACAAAAGAGGAAGGUAUGGAAAAAGAAGAGCGGUGUUAGCGAAAAUGAAUUUGAUGAUGGGUUUUUGGCUACUGAAAUGAUGGCUACGAUGUUGGAAAGGAGUAAGAAGUAUAGAAGUGUUGGUAAGAAGAUGGAUGUUGAUCCAGAUUCUUAUGAAGGAAAAUAG